AUGAGUUCAUCAGAAGAAGUUUCGUGGAUUUCAUGGUUCUGUGGUCUUCGUGGUAAUGAAUUUUUUUGUGAAGUUGAUGAAGAUUAUAUACAAGAUAAAUUUAAUUUAACGGGUCUUAAUGAACAAGUGCCUCAUUAUCGUCAAGCACUUGAUAUGAUUCUUGAUCUUGAACCUGAUGAUGAUCUCGAUAAUCAAGAUAAUCCAAAUCAAUCUGAUUUAAUUGAACAAGCUGCUGAAAUGCUUUAUGGUCUUAUCCAUGCACGUUAUAUAUUGACUAAUAAUGGUAUAGCACAAAUGCUUGAAAAAUUUCAAAAUGGUGAUUUUGGUCUUUGUCCUCGUAUUUAUUGUGACAAUCAACCAAUGUUACCGAUUGGUUUAUCGGAAGUUCCUGGUGAGGCUAUGGUCAAACUUUAUUGUCCUAAAUGCAUGGAUGUUUAUACACCAAAAAGUUCUCGACAUCAUCAUACAGAUGGUGCAUAUUUUAGUACUGGUUUUCCUCAUAUGUUAUUUAUGGUUCAUCCAGAAUAUCGACCAAAACGACCAACAAAUCAAUUUGUUGCUCGACUUUAUGGUUUUAAAAUUCAUUCAAUGGCUUAUCAAUUACAAUAUCAAGCAGCAGCUAAUUUUAAACAGUCAAAUUCAACUUCAGUUAUUCCAAGUAGUGCUGGUGGAACAACAACAACUCGGCCACUUAUUAAAGAUUAA